AUGACAGCACGAAAACCAAUCGGCGUCCAGGCGGACUGCUUUGACAUGUGGCAUGACUACAUGAACCUCGGGAGACUGUUGCGGGAUGUGUGUUACAGGCGUGAGGCGGAGCCCAGAGACAAUGAGGACGCGAGCAAAGACCUAGGAGCUCCGUGGGGCCCCAUCCCAGCCUGGCGUGGGCCGGACGACACGGCGAGCAGUACGCCCACCAGCCCGUCGGACUGCAGCAGCACCGGGGCGUCCUCAGACUACUGCAGCCUCUGCAAACAGAACAGGGAGUCCCCACGGGUCUACCGGUCACACAGGCUGAAAUCCAACGACGGGAAAGUCAUCUGUCCGGUUCUCCGCAGCUACACCUGUCCCGUCUGCAAAAGCACCGGUGACCACGCUCACACGCUCCGGUACUGCCCGACGGCGCAGAAGCAGAAGGAGGCGGGGACGCCGCCGGUGUCCAGGUUCUGGUAGCGCUUGAUGGACAUCGGAAGACUGUAUAUAAUUAUCAGACAUGUUUUGACGAUGUGUUGUUGUGCACAAAUGCUGCACAAGUUCGCAGUGUGUGCGCAAAGGAACAGUUUCAAAAUAUGCAAAUGCUUUGUACAUAUGUUUGGAUCGUGCCUUUAAGUUUGUGAAGUUUUAUUAUGUGACUUGGAGGCACAUGUUGGACUCAUUGGACGCAAAUUCACCUCGAUUGUUUCGAAUAAAAGUUUGA